CAUGCCAAUUUCUAGAACCUACUCGUCUGCUCUUGGUAGUAGGCGUUGAUAGGACAGCAGGCACCAAUUUCAGGUAGAGUAUGAACCUCUCCAACCUCACAUCUGCUUCAGAAGUUGCCAGGUAUAAUUUGACUGAGUACAACAUCUUUAACGACAUUAUCCAGAACCAGGUAGUGCAAGCCCUCUUCUGCAUGAUAUACACCUGUAUUUUUGUGCUCGGCGUGUUCGGAAACGUGCUCGUGUGCUAUGUAGUGGGCCGCAACCGUGCCAUGCAGACGGUGACGAACCUGUUCAUCAGCAACCUGGCCCUGUCGGACAUCCUGCUGUGCAUCCUCUGCGUGCCCUUCACCCCUCUCUACACCUUCCUGGGCUCGUGGAUAUUCGGCAGUACUUUGUGCCACGUGGUGGCCUUCGCGCAGGGCACCAGCGUGUACAUAUCGACACUGACUCUCACGUCCAUAGCGGUGGACCGCUUCUUCGUCAUCGUCUACCCGUUCAAGCCGCGCAUGAGGCUGGCGACGUGCACCAUCAUCAUAUCCUGCAUAUGGCUCUUCUCCGUGAUGGUUACUCUCCCGUACGGCGUAUACACCGUGCUGCGCGCUGACAGGAGAGCGUUCUACUGCGAGGAGCACUGGCCAUCGGAGAGGGUGCGGCAGGUGUACGGCGGUCUCACGGCGACGCUGCAGUUCGUCCUGCCCUUCUUCAUCGUCACCUUUUGCUACGUGAACGUCUCGCUGAAGCUGAACGAUCGCGCCAGGGCCAAACCGGGCAGCAAGAACUCGAGGCGGGAGGAGGCGGAUAGGGACCGCAAGAGGCGCACGAACCGAAUGCUCAUCGCCAUGGUGACCAUCUUCGGCGUCUCCUGGAUGCCGCUCACCAUCGUCAACCUGACCAACGACCUGUACAUGUCGACGGGCCGCUGGGAGUACUUCAACCUGAGCUUCUUCGUGGUGCACGCGCUCGCCAUGAGCUCCACCUGCUACAACCCGUUCCUGUACGCCUGGCUGAACGAGAACUUCCGCAAGGAGUUCAAGCAGGUGCUGCCGUGCUUCGACCCGGCCGGGGGCGGCGCGUCGGGCCGCUCCUACGGCGGGGGCGGCGGCGGCGGCGGCGGCGGCUGGAAGUCCGAGCGCACCACCUGCAACGGCAACGACACGCUCGACUCGGUGCUCUUGACGUCGGCGGUGCACUGCCGCAGCACUUCGGUGCGCCGCCCCACCGCCAGCUCCAUCCCCGAGGAGCUCGAGCCGCCACCUGCAGGCGACGCCGGAGGCGGGGCAGCCGCUACCUACUCCGCCAUCGCGGACGAGGUACACCUGCACUUGGGACCUGGUCUCCACAAGCCCGACGUCCCACCAGGUGUCCUCAUCGAGUCCCUGUAG